CAUGUCGGAGUACUUUUGAUUUGAAAAAUAAUCCCAAAAAUGAUCGCUUUUUGUCAAAAUCGAGGACGUACACUAAUGCUUGGCGCUGUGUAGAAUGGCAGAAAAUGAAUACGAAGGGGAAACGAGCGAUGUAGACGAGAGUGAACAGCGAGACGAUAGCGAAAUCGAUGGAGAAGCCGCUGAAGAGGCGAGCAAGGAAUGUCCCGAACAAGUGAUCAGUCGAAAACCAUCCAAGAAAUCAAAGGUGAAAAAACGUCGUAAAAGAUGGCUUGGCAUAAAUCUAUCGAAUUGUAAAUAUGAUAGCGUUCGUCGGGUGGGAAAACGUUUUGGGAUGAAAGAAGUGGGCGAAGAUGAGGAUUGGUCGUUGUUUUGGACGGAUUAUUCUGUUGCAUUGGAAAGAUGUAUGGAUAUGAAAAGAUAUCAGAAAAUAAAUCAUUUUCCCGGGAUGAUAGAAAUUUGCAGGAAAGAUUUGCUUGCGAGAAACAUGAACAGAUUAUUAAAACUGUAUCCAAAAGAGUACCAAGUCUUUCCAAAAACCUGGGUUCUGCCAGCUGACUACAGCGAUUUCCAAGCGUUUUGCCGCCAAAAGAAGAACAAAUCUUUCAUUUGUAAACCGGAGAGUGGUUCGCAAGGGAAAGGAAUUUUUGUCACUAAAAACCCAAAGGACAUAAAACCAGGCGAACACAUGAUCUGCCAGCAAUAUCUCGCAAAACCAUUUCUCAUCGACGGCUUCAAAUUUGACCUGAGGAUAUACAUCAUGAUCUCGUCCUGUGAUCCUCUGAGGAUAUUUGUGUACAAAGAUGGAUUGGCGAGGUUCGCAACAGUACAGUACAGCGAGCCCUCCAAUAGCAACAUGGAAGACAUGUGUAUGCAUCUCACAAACUAUGCCAUCAAUAAACACAGCAAAGAUUUCGACAGAGAUGAAGAAAGUGGUAGCAAAAGACGUAUUACAACAGUCGACACGUGGUUUAGAAAUCAUGGAUACGAUAUUGACAAGAUUUGGGCCGAUAUUGAGGACGUGAUGAUCAAGACGUUGAUCAGCGCCCAUCCAAUACUGAAACACAACUAUCGAACGUGUUUUCCUAACCACAACAAAGGCAGCGCAUGUUUUGAAAUACUUGGUUUUGAUAUACUCCUCGAUCGAAAACUCAAACCUUGGGUGUUGGAGGUCAAUCACUCGCCAAGUUUUCACACGGAUUCAAAACUGGACAAGGAGGUGAAAGAAGGCUUGAUUUACGAUACCCUCAACCUGGUGAACUUUAACGCUUGCGAUAAGAAAAAGUGUCUCGAAGAAGACAGAAAGAAAGUUCAAGAGCGACUCUUGAAUAAGCAAAAACAGCCGAAAGACGUAAAACGGGAGGACAACUUUGACAAUCUCAACCAACAGAUGGAUUUGUUGACCAGAUACGAAGACACACAUCUUGGUGGCUUUAGACGCGUUUAUCCCAAUGGCAAUGAAGAAAAGUACGAGAAAUAUUUCGAGAAUAGUGGCUCUCUUUUCCAAGAAACGACAGCGUCUAAAGCCAGGACAGAGUGUUCAAGGAUCCAACGAGAAUUAAUACUGGCGAAGAAACAAGAGAUCGAAGUGAUGCGUGCGAAGAACUCUGGUCGUAAACUGCUCCAACGUGAUGGUUUGAGGCCGGAGAGCGCGGCGACAAUCAAGAAAACAAAACGAAUGACUGGAAAGAAAAUAGCGUGUAAACACGAGCCAAUCGAAUGGCAGGCAAAUGGCGUGGACACGGGGAAGCCUAUUGAUAUCACCGAGGAAGAGGAACUUGAGAGGAUAACGGGGAUGUUACAGAGGGAUAACUUAGUGCGUGGCUUGGGCAUUGUUGAAGAGGUCUAUAAGUUACUUCAUUGUACGCCAGGCACAGGUGGCCCAAAGAAGGAUUGCGUUCAUCAUUCGCAUCAAUCCAAGGACAGUUCUCAGAGCAAGGUCAAGACCCAGGAGUCGGAUGAUCGUCGAUAUCACUCUAUCCAAAACAACAUUAUAUCCAAUCCAGGCUCGGUGGUGUCCAGUUAUUUAGCGUCCAGCAGCAUCGGGCGGCUUUACCCGCACGCCUUCCCGCAGCACACGGGACUAUCACGUGCUGAGUACAGACGAACAUUCGCCACAAUAGGUCAUAAUGACUCCAGUGGUCACCUUUCGCCCGGCACGCACCAAAGUAACAAUGGCAACAAGCAUCGUUACGGAACGCGCAAGAUUCUAACCAAUAGGAACGCGUAUUACGCUUCCGACAACGAUACGAGGUUCUCCGAUUGCGAUGCGACAUCUCUCGAGUCGCAUUACAAUCCGCACUUACGACGGACGUUGAGCGCGAACGGUCUCGCUUGUAAGUUGCAAGCGAAUUCUGGGAAGAUUCGAACCGGAAACACGUCAUCGAUUGUUCCACCUGGAGUCAUUUCACUUCAGAAUACAUCAAGUCACGGAGUGAAGGUGACCGCACACAAGUCGCCUCUCGGGCUCAGUGUGAUUUCAGGACCCGCACCAAUCUCAUACAAGAGCCUCGCAAAGAGUGGGGGACACUCGGGAAAUCUUGGAAGGACUGGUAAAUUGGGUCAACGUAUUAGAUCCACAUCCAGUGACCCUUCUUGCAAGCAUCUUGAAGUAAGGGACAAUCACACGGCCGUAGUAUUGAGCUAGCACUCCAGGCAAGUCGUUGCACUAGAGAUCAGCAGUUUAAAACAUAGUUUUCUAAGAAAGAUAUCUAGAUUUCUAUACCCAAGUAAGGUUAGUUCUAUGAACCUAAUAACCUAAAUUAUAUUUUUACCAACACAAGAAAACAAAUUAUAUA